GUUCCUGCUUCCACAUAUCAGCAACUCCCAUCUGCAUUGAAACAGCGGAUUUAGCUUCACAGAGCCGUGCAACAGAUCCGGUUAUGGUCUUUUGACAAGUUGCAGUUAUCGGUGCUAAUCAAUUUCCUGAUCACACACACAGCUGAUGUACUAAAUUUUAUUAACUGUUAUAGAGUCAUAGAUUCAUACAGCAUGCAAACAGACCCUUCGGUCCAACCAGUCCAUGGCAACCAUAACUCCAAACUAAACUAGUCCUACCUGCCUGCACUUGGCCCAUAUCCCUCCAAACAUUUCUUAGUCACAUACUUAUCCAAAUGUCUUUUGAACAUUGUAACUGUGCCCGUAUCCAUCACUUCCUCUGGUAGUUCAUACCACACAUGAAUCAUUCUCUGUGUAAAAAAGUUGCCCCUCAUGUCUGUUUUAAAUCUGUCUCUGCUCAUGCUAAAAAUAUGUCCACUAGCUUGGAACUCCACUUGGGUAAAAGACAUUUGCUAUUCACCUUAUCUACGCCCCUCAUGAUUUUAUGCUCCAGUGAAGAAAUCCCAGCCUUUCCAGUCUGUUUUUAUAACUCAAACCCUCCAUUGCUGGUAACACCCUGGUAAAUUUUUCUGAGCCCUCUCCAAUUUAAUAAUAUCUUUCCUAUAACAGGGCAACCAGAACUACACACAGUACUCCAGAAGAGGCCUCACCAACGUCCUGUACAACCUCAACAUGACGUCCCAAACUCCUUUCCUAGCAUGGAAACAGACUCUUCAGCCCAAUUCAUCCACGCUGACCAUGUUUCCUAAAUUGAACCUGUCUGCAUUUGGGCACAUCCCACAACAUUUCCCAUUCAUGUACCUGCCCACAUGUCUUUUAGAUGUAACAGUACUCACCUCUAUCACUUCCGCUGGCAGCUCAUUCCAUAUACACACCACCCUCUGAGUAAAAAGUUGCCCCUUAGGUCCCUUUAAAUCUUUCCCCUCUCACCUUAAACCUAUGCUGUCUAGUUUUGGACUUUGCAACCCCAGGGAAAGACCUUGGUUAUUCAUCUUAUCUCUGCCCCUCGUGAUUUUGUAAACCACUCAGGCUCCUACAUUCCAGGGAUUAAAAAAGUUCGAGCCUAUCCUUACAACUCAAACCCUCCUGUCCUGGUAACAUUGGGUAAAUCUUUUUUACACCCUUACUGAAUGAUUUCAAAAAAGUGCUCCCUCACUACUGACCCUCCGACAGUGCGGCGCUCCCUCAGCGCUGGCCCUCCGACAGUGCGGCGCUCCCUCAGCGCUGGCCCUCCGACAGUGCGGCGCUCCCUCAGCGCUGGCCCUCCGACAGUGCAGCCCCAAUAUUUGUGUUUCAAUCUGGUAUGUUUAAUAACAAAGACAUGCGAACACAAUGAGCUGCUCUCUGUGAUUGAAGUUGGUUUUGCUGAGAUCAGCAAUGAUCAUUUGCUGUGGUCCUCUUUGCCAGGUGCUGAAGCAGUGACUCUGUCCGUAUCCAGCCCCAUUCAGAGGCAUCAAACCCCACCACAAACCAGGCAGGAUCUUGUGCAGUACUUAAGUGUGGUGACCUUUGACCCAAACACAGCGUCGGAUUGGCUGCUACUUUCAGAUGAUCUGAAACUUGUGACCAAUACGCAUCCCAAGAACCAGAAUUAUCCCAAACACAAGGACAGAUUCACUCGGCAGCACCAGGUGCUGGCAAUCCAGGAGUUUGCAGCUGGCAUCCAUUACUGGGAGGUAUCGGUCUCUGGGUGCUCGGUGCGUGUUGGCGUAGCUUAUCGCCAGAUAAAUCGGACUGACCGUGGCUCUGCCUCUAUCAUCGGGGAGAAUGAGGUCUCCUGGUGCCUGGAGCUGGACCAGGGCAGUGGGAUAGCCUGGCAUGAUAACAGGAAAAGUGAUCCAGUUCCUGUCCCGUACCAGUGUCUCGGCCUCCUGCUGGAUUUUCCCUGUCAGACCUUGUCUUUUUAUGGUAUCCGUGACCAUGCAAUCCUGCUCCUGCACCAAUUCCAGACCAGCUUCACCCAGUCCCUGCUUCCAGCUUUCCAAAUCAGCCGGCAGACCAGGAUCCAGAUUGAGAAUAAGACUCGCAAACCAGAAAGACAGAUCCCAAUUGGAAACAGAUCCUGAUUCUCAGGAUCCCAGUUGAAAAAUGGUCCAGACCCUCAGGGUCCCAAUCAGAAAUAGAUCCUCAACCUCAGGAUCCCAAUUGUAAAUAGAUUAUGAACCUCAAAAUCCCAAUCAGAAAUAGCUCCUGACUGUCAGAAUCCCGAUCAGAAAUAGAUCUGGAGCCUCAGGAUCCCAAUCAGAAAUAGAUUCUUAUCACUGCGAUCCAGAUCAGGAACAUGAACCUGACACGUAUUUUUUGGAGCAUUAUUCUGUUCAGUGGCAUCUGACAGAGUUCAGAGAGAGAGAGAACGUGGACGGGAGGAGAGCUUUAUAGCGAGACUGAAGGAAACAGUUAAAUGGAGAGGGAAAUAGGAUAGAGGGAGGGACAGGGGGAGGACCAGGAGCAAUGAGGGAGGAAGAGGAGAGUCACGUUCCCCUCAUUGAAGGUUCCUGACUCCUUAACCUGGGGCAGGUUUCAGGAGCAGGCACCUGAAAAAGCGGCUGCAGGGGUUACCCCAUCCGCUCUGCGCUUCUGUGGGAAAUUAAAACGAGAACUUGGCUAAACCACAGAGAGUACAUAGGGAACAGGCGCUGUCCACAAACUGAACCAUAAAGGAAGAUCCGAUCAGAUUGAGAAACAGCAGCCCUGUCCUAACACUGGGGCUCUGUAUACCUAGUGAAGAGCUUGUCACUGAUCAGGAAUGAUAAUCUAGACCAUCACUUAGGUGCUGGUUGUGUUUACAAACCCCUUUGGGAAAGUCCAAUUUACAGCAGUUAGAACUACAAAAUAACCACCGCUAUUUAAAAACAAAUUCUCAUUUCCCCUCAGCUUAUUUCACUGAUAAUCCCCACUUCCUCCUCAUUCACUCUAUUAAAAGCUCUGUGAUUUUGAACAGAUUUAUACAAUCACAACUACCUUCUUUGUUCUUCACCAUCCCAAUCUGCUUCAAGCCAAUGUGUGAUUCUCUGCUGUAUCUGUCCUCAGGAGUGCCUGAGCACAGUAUCAGAAAUGGAGACAUUACCUUACAUUCAGGCUGUUAAAUAUUAAGCACAGAUCAAAACACAUAAACGGAGUGUUAAUAAACGACAGGCCACUGAGCCAGGUUUCACUUUGAUCCAGUCAAAAACACUGUGAUACAUGGAGCUGUUUUAUCUGUAAGCACAAACAUAAGGGCACAAAAUGACUAAAUGUUUAAAAUAUAUAUCAAAGUGUUUUGAACGCUGUGAGAGAGUGACACAAAUUGCUGCCAUCGACUUUACCAGAUAAACCUUUAAUAUCAUUGCAAGCUUUUGUGAAAAUGUCAAUAACAAGACACUUGGAUGUUGUUUAUUCACUCACAGGGUGUGAGCAUCACUAGCUAGGCAUUUAUUGCCUGCCCCUAAUUGUGCAGAGGGCAGUUACAAAUCAACCACAUUGCUGAGAGUCUGGAGUCACAUGUAGACCACACCAGGGGUAAAGAUAGCAAUUUGCGUCCCUAAAGGACAUCAGUGAACAAAUUAGUUUUCCCAACAAUUGACAAUGGAUUCAUGCUCUCCAUUAGACUGUUAAUUCCAGAUUUUUACUGAAUUCAAAUUCCACCAUCUGCUGUGGCAGAUUUGAACCCAGGUCCCCGAAUUAAUAGUCUAACAAUGUUACUCCUUGGCUAUCAACCCAUGUGCCCCUUGGUUGUUGAAGUCUCCUUUGGUCAUAAAAUGAGAGAGAGAGCAGGAAAGAAGGCCAUAUUAAAUAAAUCUCAGAAUUAUUAUGAUGAAAAAAGGGUCUGAUGGUAUCUGUAUUUGUAAAUUACUGUAGGAAGUUUAUACAGACACACAUUGUCAAAGUAGGCUGCUGUGGUUUGAGCGAAAAAUUUGGGUGUUUCACUGAAUAAUUUUAGCUCAAUUCGGCUUUUGAUUGGACAGUUAUAUUGGUGUUAAUGAAAGAUCCAGCCAUUGGAUUUGAUUGUAACACGUGGACUGUAACAGAUUGUAACAUGCGUAUUGUUUGUCCAGGCUUUAGAAAUAUAGUAAUGCUUAAUUUCA